GCGUGGGGCGCGCGCCGGGCAACAGGCGAAGAAGUUUCGCGCCAUUCUUCGAGCUCCGGUUCGUGUCGCGGAAAUUUCAAAUGGCAGAGAGCCCGGAGGCAUCAAAAGCUGUGGAUCACGGUGUUCUUGGCCAAACUUCAAGUCCAGAACCGCCCUCAGCGUCCACCGGCCACGAAAGGGGAGAAAUCGAUGUACUACUCCCCGAGCCAACAACUCCCUUGAAUGAUGAUGAAGAAGAGGCGUCUGUCGUAUCCACAGCCACUCCUCGCGUGGCAUUGGAUACACCUUCCUCAACAGAUCACAGCUCACCUGAGGCACUGGUAUUGGCGUGGUCCAUCGGCGUGAAUUCCCGAGUAGCUGUGAGGAGCCUGCAGGAUGCGGAGCGCAAGGCAGUCAUCUACACGUGUGGUCGGGCUGUCGUCCUCUUUGACUACGAGAAGCACACUCAGCAUAUCCUUCAGGGACACGCUAACACUCUAUCAUGCAUGUGUCUGAGUGAAAACAAGCGGUGGCUUGCCACAGCAGACACUGGACCAGGAGGCACUGUGAUCGUGUGGGACACAUACUCUGGAAUUCCGGUGCACACGUUGUUUUCAUGUCAUCCCGAAGAGGGUGUUGUUGCCAUGACAAUGAGCCCAGAUGCCAGUUACAUCAUCACCUUGGGUACUAAAACACCCCAGAGGGUGUCUGUAUGGCGUUGGACCAUCGAAUCAGAUCUGCCAGUAUGCUCCGUGGAAUUGGAUCCUGACUGGGGGUAUCAGACACAUGUGACUUUCAAUAUCAGUGACCACCGUCAUUUCAUAACUAACAGUGAAACACAGGCUGUGUUUUACCAAUGGAGUGAUAACAGCAUAGAAAUGUAUACCCCUGUGCUUAAUGAACAGACAUUUGGCCGUGCAGUGGGUUCCCUAACACACUCUGUGUUCUCACAAUCGUCUGUACUUUCCGGCACGGCUACUGGUAAUUUGGUGGUGUGGAGUGUGCCGGGGUGUGCACCCAACGUGCACACAGCCACACAUGGUGGGGUACGGAAAGCCCUUAAACUGCUACAUCUACAAGAUCGACCAAUCGCAACACUUGCUCUGUCUGACCAAUUUGUGGUGACAGGUGACACAACCGGCACCGUUCGAUAUUACGACCUCCAGCUACGCCUGCUCUUCUGGCUCCAGAUUCCCCAUGUAAGGGUGCAGCAGGGAAGCAGGUCGGACAAAGGGCAGGAGGCCCCAGGCAGACUACCGGGGGGGACCAAGACUUCGGGGCAGGCAGCGGCCGCGGGGCACACUGUGGUGUCCGUAUCUUUCUCAGCCGAACCAGGACGUCCUCAGGAAGGACAGUCACCCCCACGUGACGCCAGCCUGAAAGCAGCACCAUUCGUGGCAAGGGAGUUUGUAGCGAGCAUGCGCGACGGUAGUGUAUUCAACAUAAAGCCCUACUUGUAUCCCGACUUGGCUGCGAGCAAGCCUCAGAGCGGCCUUACUCUCGGGCCCUGGUGCACUGCCCUGCCGGGUGCCCUCUCUGGCUGCGUGCAAGCACUAGCAGCGCACCCUAACCGCCCGCUCGUGUGCAUGGCCACUUCGCGGGGCACCGUCAUCCUGUGGGACCUAGACACUCAACACGACGUGGCAUCGAGAGAAUUUCGCACUUCUGUCUCCAGCUUGGCAUAUGACCAGCCAGGUAAUCGUGUUGCCAUUGGAUUUUCCGAUGGGUGCACACGUGUGGUGUGUGGAUUGUCCCUGGCGGACGAAACCGUGGAGCCUCUGGACUGCCAACGCCCAGAACAUCAUGGAUCACAUGCCGUGACCAGGCUGUGCUUCUCUCACGAUGGACGAUACCUUGCCACAUCUGACACUACUCAUGCAGUGAGCGUAUUUGUGACCGUGUCUGCGAGCGAGUGGCGCUUGUUGGGGAGGCAAAGAGCUCACUCGCAGGCAAUCUGUGACAUCGUGUUUGAAGCACAUCCAGACAAACAACAGGAUACUCAACAGGACAUGCAUUCACCUCGCCUGCUGUCACUGGGAGAGGAUCGCAUUCUGGUUGAAUAUGGCCUAUCAUCCAACGAAGUGUCUGUGCUACGCUUCGAGCGCGUAGAACAGUCUGCUGUGCCCCUUUGCCUGCUCUUUCACCCAGCGCUGUCUGCCGAAACCUUCCUGCUCACGGCCAACAACCAGCACAAAUACAAGCUGUACAAUGCCACCACGCUCAUGUGCCGGAAAACAACAUUGGCCCCAUUGCUUGGCUCCCCUCUCAAAAAAAUCUGUGCUUUGCCAAACACCGACAAAGCCAACAAAGCACACUUCCUCGUGUUCAUCACAAACGACUGUGUUGGCUUGCAGAUGCUGCCGUUGGAUGGCAAUCCUCACCACUGGGUGGGCGUGCACUGUCACGCGAUGGCCGUGGACAGCCACAUGCGCGGCGCUGUAGCAGGGGGAGGAGUGCAGGACGUGGCCUGCUCACACGAUGGACGCUACGUCGUGACUGCGGGAAAGGCUGAUGGAGCCGUGCACGUGUGGAGAGUCAACACCAUGGCAAUACACACAGCAUCAUCCUUGGCUGGCGAGGGCAUCGUGCCAUUUUACAGCAUGCUGGAAUGUGGCAGGGAAGGAGACUUUUUCAGGGAGCUGGAGGACUACUUUUACUUUGCCCAGCUGCAACGUCAGGGAUUGGAGACUCUAGAUGUUCGGGAAGUUUCUGACCGUGUGGAUCUCGCCCACGUUCCUUCCUUAAUGCGGGCUCUGGGUCACUACCCAACCCAACAGGAGAUCGAACAAAUAAUAAAUGAGGUUCGGUUUGCACAUUAUGCUGAGACGGGGGAGUUUGUGACAUCUCUGAAUCUCCCGGAAUUCCUCCGCCUAUACCUGAACCACCGCCCGGUGGAAGGGCCUACGCUGCAAAGCAUCCGUGAUGCACUCACCACUCUGGGAGGUUCACAGGACGGGCACCUCGAUCGCUCCCAACUGCUCCACGCGCUUCUCAACACAGGAGAGCGAAUGACAGAAGGGGAGUUGGCUGAGUGCUUCAGCUCUCUCAUGAGCCUCAAGUCUCCACGCCAAGGAGACGAAGGGAUCGAAUCACAAGAGGUCCUUCAAAUGGCAUUGCCCGAAACUGUAACCCCAGAAGGAUUCACAGAACAAGUCUUGGGAUUUACAUCACCCUGACUCUAAAUGAAUCCACACAAUACAAUAGCACCCAAAUCCCAGCUUCACGCUUCACUACACCACUCAGAACCCGUCUCCAGACACCACAAAUCAAAUCACACCAGCUUCUGUCUACAGUGCAUGGGGAAUUGUGACAACAUCGGAUGCUAAUUGAAAUAUGUAGACGGAUAUUUAGGCUAUCCAAUUUGUAACCACACGUGGUUUAUAAAUCAAUUAAAUACAGUGCUCUGUAAAUGGAAAGCUAUCUAUUGUAUUACUUUCAAUUAUGUCCUCUUCAUGAGGAUUGGAUUAACUUAACACAAAACUGUCUGCACAUUUCAACAUACGUGCAAGUAUCAUCUCUACAUCCCGAAAGUAUAUGUGAUUGUCAUGUUUAUGUAUACGAUUAAUAUAUUUUAUGAAGACAGAGAACACAUUUGUAUAGAGAUGAUGUAAUGAAUACUGAUUUUUGGUUAGUUAAAUUCUCUGAAAUUGUACUUGCCAUUUGAAUAAACAUUUAAUACGUCAAGAA